AUGGUGUUACUGCACGUGAAGACAGCAGACGACUCAAACCAGUUUUUGUUCGAAGUAGAAACAAAGGAAAAAGUUAAAGACAUAAUUCAUGCGUUGACUUCUUUGCACCUCAAGAGAAUACAAACACUAAAACUUGCAGACGCAGCAGAGGCUCUCGCCACCUAUGGGCCCCUUAGGCCCGAAGAGACGCGAGGGCUCACUGAGGAAGUAGCCCGCCUAUCAAACUUAAAUGUGUACCCCGACGGCCCCCCUACAAAUCCAGACCCGCAUUUUUACCGUACAGGACAUCCACCGCCGGAGGAAACAAAAAACGUAAUUCUCAGAGCGGUUGAAGAAACUAAGGAGGCACUUUCCCACAAGCAGGUGCUGUUGAAGACCUGUCUGAGCUUGCAAACAGUUGAAGAAAAAUUGAACACGCUAAAGGGCGCUGUGCAAAUCGCCUAUCCCGCAUUCCACGGCUUGCCUCCCUAUGAACCCACCAGACUGAUUAUUGAGGGAAAAGAAAUAAAUGAUUCGCAGGACAUCUCCCAUGUAUCAAACACAGCUGCUACUGAUGGUGAAGGAACUGCUGCUGCUGUUGGGGUUAUGAGCAUAACUGUGGAGAACGCGUGCCUGUGGUGGACGGGGAAGCAGCUCCAGCAGGAAGAGCUUCUGAGUAAAUAUCUAGGGACAAAUGAGAAGACAAAGACUGUCGUCAGGCUGCAACCAAAAAGUGCAGGCAAGCGCCCCCCUGUGCGUGAGCCUCGUAUGGACGCGGAGACGCACAAAGCAGUGUUGGCUUACUGCCAUAAAAAGAGACAAGAAGAAAAGGUAUUGGACGAAGACGACGAUGACUCGUAUUUAUUUUCUCCUUGGGCGAACCCGAAGGCGCUGAAGGAAUCCCUGUUGGGCAUGAGUGGCCAAGUCAAGUGGCGGGCAUGA